AUGGAUCCCAUCGCGUCCCCUUUCCGCUCUGAUGUCGGCGUCAUCAAAACCCCGUCGGAUUCUCUACCUGAACUCCGCUCGGAACCUCCCAGCAUACUGACAACAGUUUGUAUACAGCGGCCCUUGCGGCGCUUUGGUCUGGAAUUUUUUUUUCAACCGCCACCAGAACCUUUGACGCCGCUCAAGUUCGCCCAGGAUGGCACCUUCCAAAUCUCUAUACUGGAGGAUCUGCACUUCGGCGAGAAUGCCUGGGAUGCCUGGGGUCCCGCAAAUGACGCCAAAUCAGUUGGAGUGAUUGACAAAAUCUUCAAUGCUGAAACACCAGACCUGGUCGUGCUGAACGGCGAUCUGAUCACAGGAGAUAACACAUUCCUUGAGAAUUCGACACUCUACGUCGAUCAAAUUGUAGGGCCGCUACUUGAUCGCGGCCUCAGUUGGGCGUCGACGUACGGCAACCACGAUAGCCAUUACAACCUAUCGCGGGAAGCGUUGCUAGCCCGUGAGCAGCAGUGGACUAACUGCCGAACACAGCAGCAUGUUUUUGGGGCGCAAGCCGGUGUCUCCAACUACUUUCUUCCCGUAUAUGGGUCAGGCGAUGAUAAGCAAGAGCACGCGCCGGAACUCAUCCUGUGGUUCUUCGAUAGCCGAGGAGGCUCAUACUUCCAGCAGCUGAACUCCGACGGGAAGCUCGUCGCGCAACCGAACUGGGUGGAUGUCAGUGUCGUGGAUUGGUUUAAAGAGGCCAACGCUCGCCUGGUGGAGAAAUGGCGCAGGAACAUCCCGUCGCUUGCCUUUGUGCAUCUCCCCACGAAUGCAUCGCUUGCGGCGCAAGACCAGGUCGGGAUAGACCCCCAUCUGCAGCCGGGGCUUAACGAUGAUUAUCUCCUUGCUGGACAAGGACGGUACUGGUGCCCUGACCAGAGGUACUCGAGUUCCUGUGGCUACAGUGGAGAGGACGUGCCGUUUAUGCAGGCGUUAGUGGAGACGCCUGGUAUGAUGGGUCUCUUCUCAGGUCAUGACCACGGUAACACGUGGUGCUAUAAAUGGGACAGCCAAAUCCCCGGGAUGGAGCUCAAGGGAAAUGGGAUGCAUAUCUGCUUUGGGCAGCAUACAGGGUAUGGAGGAUAUGGCGACUGGAUCCGCGGGUCUCGGCAGAUCCUCGUAAGAGAGUCUGAUCUCGAAGAGGGGAUCCUUGAAACCUGGAUUAGGUUAGAAUCCGACAAUAUCGUGGGUGCUGUCACUCUAAACGCAACUUACGGAGAGGACACCUAUCCCCAGACUCCUAACCAAAAAACAUCCGGAACGUGA